AUGGAUGACGCUAAUAUUGAAAAUCUCUACAAGUCUUCGCAAACUGCACUCAUUCUUGUCGAUUUACAAACAUUCUUCUAUCGCGACAGCAAGCUUGUCUCGUCUGCAUUUCCCGACCUAGGUAAAAAUGUGAUGGAGCUACUUGAAUCUGCAAGAAGCAAAGGUCAGACAAUUGUUCAUGUAAGAGCUGUCUACAAUCAUCAACAAUCCAAGUGGAUGCGCGCUUUUGAACGAAUCAAUCCCGACAAGGCUGACCCAGAAAUUCAAAACGACUGUACCGAAGAAUUUGCGAAAGAGUUGCCCGGAGAAAUAAUCAUCGAAAAACAUACCUUCAAUGGAUUUCAAGAUACCGGGCUCGAAGAAAAACUCAAUGCUCUUGGAAUCAAGUCGGUUAUCGUCUGUGGCCUCGUCACUGGCGCUUGCGUCAUGAGCACUGCAAACGGCGCUUUCCAGGUUGGAUUCAAUGUCGGCAUUGUCCCCGAGUGCUGCGGAGACCGAACACGUGAGCAGCACGACAGAAUGAUUGCUUCUUAUGGAAACUACAUUUUUGACAUCAUUUCUCUGUCCAAGUUCAAGAAUCUCAAAUAA